UCCUAAGUGUGUGUGAGCAGGGUCCUAAGUGUGUGUGAGCAGGGUCCUGAGUGUGUGUGAGCAGGGUCCUGAGUGUGAAGUGAAGUUUACAGGGUGUGUGUGAGCAGAUGUGAGCAGAUGUGAGUGUGCAGCUGGAGCCUGGUUCAUUUUACAGUUAGUGCAGGGUUUUAGACAGAAAGCUGCAGGAUGUCUGAUGGGGAUGAUGAUGUUCCUCUGAUCCUCACCUGGGAUGAAACCGGAGAUCUGCUGGAAGAGAAUGGCGUCGGGACCUACGAUGCUCUAAACAACAUGAGCAACCCUACAGCCCCGGAAUCCACCUGCCCCAAUUCCUUGCGGCAGAGUUGGGAGAUGAACUACCAGGAAGCAGCGAUAUAUCUACAGGAAGGGGAGAAUAACGAUAAGUUCUACACACACCCGCGGAAUCCCCGCGCUCUCAGUGCCUACCUGUUUGUCCACAAUCAUCUCUUCUACCUGAUGGAGCUCCUGACUGGAAUGCUGCUAAUGCUGCUCUCGCUGUCCGAGGCUCCGGCUGUUCCGCCGCUUCGGCUCGACGUUUAUGUUCAUGCCACUCUGGAGCUCUUAGCGUUGGUGAUGGUGGCCUUUGAGCUGUGUAUGAAGCUUCGGUGGCUCGGCUUCCACACGUUCAUACGCCACAAGAGAACCAUGGUGAAGAUGAGCGUCUUGCUGAUCCAGUUCGUUGAGGCGAUCGUGGUGUUGGUGAGACAGACGUCUCACCUGCGCGUGACCCGAGCUCUCAGACCCAUCUUCCUCGUGGACUGCCGCUACUGCGGUGCCGUGCGCAGAAACUUGCGGCAGAUUUUCCAGUCACUCCCGCCGUUCAUCGACAUCCUUCUCCUCCUGCUCUUCUUCAUGGUCAUCUUCGCCAUCCUUGGGUUCUGUCUGUUUUCUACCAACCCAGCUGACCAUUAUUUUAAUACACUGGAGAACAGUGUAGUGAGUUUGUUCGUUUUGCUCACUACAGCGAAUUUCCCAGACGUGAUGAUGCCGGCGUACUCACACAAUCGCUGGUCCUGCAUGUUCUUCAUCGUUUAUCUCUCCAUCGAGCUCUACUUCAUCAUGAACCUCCUCCUGGCCGUGGUGUUCGACACAUUUAAUGGAGUGGAGAAAGUCAAGUUCAAAUCUCUACUGUUACACAAACGCUCUGCCAUCGAACACGCCUUCCAACUGCUGGUCAGCCGCCAGAGACCUGAUGGAAUCUCUCUGAGGCAGUUUGAUGGACUGUUGCGUUUUUAUCGCCCGAGAAUGAGAUCAUGUGAUCGCUUCCUCACAUUUAAAGCUCUUAACCAAUCAGGAACACCCAUGCUUAGGCUGGAGGAUUUCUACAGUGUGUAUGAGGUGAUGGGGCUGAGGUGGAAGGCUAGACGUAGUGGUGAACAUUGGUUUGAUGAUCUCCCUCACACCGCAUUCCUCAUUUUUAAGGGGAUCAACCUGGCGGUGAAAUCCAAAGUGUUUCAGUACGUCAUGUAUAUUGUUGUGGCUGUCAAUGGAGUCUGGAUUCUGGUGGAGACCAACAUGUUAAGCAGUGACUUUAACUGGUCCCGACUCGUACCAUGGAGCUACAUUGUGUUCCUCACGAUUUAUGGUGUUGAGGCUGUUAAAAUCACAGGUCUCGGUCCAUUGGCUUACUUCAGCUCUGGGUGGAACCUGUUCGACUUUUCCGUGACGGUGAUUGCGUUUUUGGGUUUGAUUGCUCUGGCCUUCCAAAUGGAGCCGUUUUACUUCGUUGUGGUUUUGAGGCCGCUGCAGCUGCUCCGGUUGUUUAAGAUUAAGCAGCGUUUCCGUAACGUGUUGGACACCAUGUUUGAGCUGUUUCCCCGCAUGGCCAGUCUUGGACUGACUCUCAUCAUCUUUUAUUACUCGUUUGCGAUUGUUGGGAUGGAGUUCUUUGCUGAAGUCGUCUAUCCCAACUGCUGCAACACCAGCACCGUUGCUGACGCGUAUCGGCAAAUCAACGUAACCGUUGGCAACCACACGGUGCUGCAGGAGGGCUACUACUAUCUCAACAACUUCAACGACAUCCUCAGUAGCUUUGUGACGCUGUUUGAACUGACUGUUGUCAACAACUGGUAUAUCACUAUGGAGGGUGUGACAUCACAGACGAGUCACUGGAGUCGCCUUUACUUCAUGACCUUCUACAUCGUCACUAUGGUUGUCAUGACAAUAAUCGUCGCAUUCAUCCUUGACGCGUUCGUCUUCCGGAUGAACUACAGUCGCAAAAACAGAGACCCACAGGAUGACCUGGAAGAUGAGAAAGGGAUUGUGUUUGAAGCAGAGGUUUCUCGCACUGAAGCUUUACAGACGCUGGAAUUUUACAAACACACAUUUCCGGGGACAAACAUCAGCUCGCUGCAUGAAAUGUGUGUAUCCAUGGACAGGAAUGGGCACUCGAGUCUCGUGUUCCAGGGUCGAAGGUCACGUACCAAAAGUGACCUGAGCAUAAAGAUGUACCAGGAGGAGAUACAGGAAUGGUAUGAAGAAUAUUCCAGAACGAAUGUACCUCAGCCUGACCAUGCCCUCCACCCGGACCUCCACCCGGACCUCCACCCGGACUUCCACCCAGACCUCCACCCAGACCUCCACCCGGACAUCGACAGCUCUGAUGCUACACGCAGCAUCAACUGACACUCACUCACACACACACACACACACACACACACAAUCUGUUCCAGGUUAACGAGGACCUUCUCAGACAUUCCUUCUCCUCCUAAUAAAGGCCCAGUUGCAGGUCACCAUAGCGACGACCCCUUACUGUAUUCUCCACCCGCUUCCAGCUGCACCUAGCGUAACUUACUAGCCGCCUUAUCUCUCUCCACAUCCUUAUCGUGACCAAUCAGGGAAAAGACGGCCAGUCCGCUUUAACUCCAGGAACCAGUUUAUUCCGUUUCUUUUUUUUCUUUUUUUUCUUUUUUUCAGGAAACACAAACGACAAAUGUAACGGCUUUUAUUUUACUGCUACACACAAGCACACACACUCACACAGCGUUAGCCGCUAGACAGAUUUCUCGAAUGUAAUUAGCAUAUACUAUAUUAAUGACAGAUUUUUUUCCUCAAUAUUUUCUUCUAAAUAACCCCUCCCCCACAUGCUAGCCCUGUAGCCUGCUUUAGCAAUCCUGCUAUGCAAACCGCUCUUUUUUGCUGUUUAUGCGCGAAUAGCCGCCGCUUGGCCCAGACCUUCCAGUUCCUUAGCAAUAAUCUGGGCUAAAUAUAUAAACAAAUAUAUAAAUUAAUUAUUUAAAUUUAAUUAAAUAAAGCAAAUUUUCCUCCUCCAUUUUCCAAAACCAUGCCACAAUGCUAACUAUGCUAACACUUAGCAUGUUAAAUGUCUGUCAUCCUAGCAAGUUUUUUUUUUUUAAGUUUCUAUGUUCUUUUCUCACCUUAUUUCAUUUUUGUUUAUUUUUAAUCAAAACACAUUCUUAAAAAAAACCCUGAAACAGCUAUUAUGCUAACGCUACCUUCACAGCUUGCUAGCAAAUCUGCCUUGUGUGUCUUUCCAAGGUAGCUAGCAUGACGCCUACGUAGCAGCUGUGUAUCAAAGCAGCUGACUAGCAAGAUAGAUGGGUCUUACUGACUUUAUUAAUGUGUUGAGGUACUUAACAAGCGGAAACAUCGUAGCCUUAUUAUUAUUAUUAGCAUUAGCCUUUCUCUGUUUCGCUCAAUUUUAGCGACUCUCCAGUUUUAAGGCUUGUUUUUAAUGUUUUUUUGUUUGUUUUGUUUUUCUAAUCCGUCUAUCUUUUUCAGCUAAUUUAUUUCUAAGCUAGUUUUACUCUCUGAAGUCUGGAAAUCGUCUCCCCGUCUCCGAUGACCUCCAGUAUUUUAGCUGUUUUGUUUUAUCCUUUUAUUUUAUUAGACCAAGUUUACUCCAUUUUACAGCCAAAAGUAUUUGGACACCCGACUAUUCCAUAUGUGGUUCUUCAACCAAACCGUUCCCACAAAGUCAGAGGCUAACAAUUGUACAGGACGUCUUUGGACCGUGUAGCAGAAAACGUUCCUUCACUUGAACUAGGAGAUCUAAAUCUGUUCCAGGAGGACCGUGCUCCUGUGCACAAAGCCAACUCCAUGAAGAAUUAGGUUUACAUGGAUUGGAAGCUGUGAAAGAUGUUACAAAUCUCCAAACCUAUUGAACAUCUUUGGGUUCUCAUCUCAAAUACAUUAGAAUCUGAUUUUACUAACACACAUCCUUGUAGCUGAAUAAAUGUCCACAAAAAUCGAAUAGAAAACAUCUUCGCUGAAGAGUGGAGCUCAUUAUAACAGAGAAUGGAGACUCUGGUGUGGAAUGAGAUGUUCAAAAAGAGGCACAUAGGAAUUGUAUGGGCAGGUGUCCACAUACUUUUGGCCUUAUAGUGUCAUGUGAGGUGUGAAGAUGUUUAGCUCGUUCCGAGUAAAACGUCAGCGUUGAGACGAUGAGCACAGAUCCGUGGAUUCACACGUGACUUCUGUUCAUAAGGACCUUUUCUAUUCCUGUUCUUUUGUAUAAUAACGUAUUGAAUCUAUUAAACGAUUCGUUUCAUUGAA